UCAAACCAUCUAUACGUGUAUCGCAAUGAAGUUUACGAUACUAGCCGCCUCCCUGGCCGUGGUUUGUACGGCCACACUUGCACUAGAGUCCAAACCGGCAGGUUACGCCGUCCGAGACGGGCAACUUGAACAGACCCCGGCCGAAGAUCGGCAAUGGAAGGUACGGGAGAAGCCUCACACCGGAAAAAAGAUUCAUAUUUUCCUCGGAAAAUCGGGUGGAAAGAGCAAAAAGUCCGGCAGCAAAAAGCACGCGGACAGCGAUGGAGCGGAAACGCAAACGCGUAAGACUCCAGAGUUGACAACCCGAUCGGACAAGGCUGAAGACCUGGCCGCAUCGGCCACUUCCGACGCGCCAGACGCUGCCGUUGGCGAAAGCCAACACUACGAGGUACCUGAGCACAACAUCGUGAAGGAGAAGAUCAAGAUCAAGCACCACCACCACCAUCAUCAUCACAAUCAUGUGAAGACGGUUGUCAAGAAGGAACCUUAUCCUGUGGAAAAGGUGAUUCAGGUGCCGGUCGAAAAAAUCGUUCACGUCCCCAAACCGUACCCAGUGGAAAAAAUUGUAGAAAAGGUCGUUCACGUACCGGUCGAAAAGAUUGUCCACGUACCAAAACCAUAUCCGGUGGAGAAAAUUGUCGAAAAGAUAGUUCACGUGCCCAAGCCAUACCCAGUAGAGAAAAUCGUCGAAAAGCCAGUUCACAUCGCAAAGCCCUACCCGGUAGAAGUUAAGGUUCCGUAUCCAGUUGAAAAAAUCGUUCACGUCGACAAACCGUACCCGGUUGAGAAGAUCGUAGAGAAAAUAGUUCACGUUCCAAAGCCGUACCCCGUUUACAAACAGGUUCACGUUCCAUACGAGGUGAAGGUGCCAUACGAAGUACCCAAACCGGUUCCCUACCCUGUCGAAAAGAAGGUUCCCUAUCCCGUGGAAGUGAAAGUACCAUAUGAAGUCGAGAGAAAGGUGCCUGUCCCAGUGAAAGUGGAAGUCGAGAAAAAGAUUCAUGUCCCUGUGAAGGUUUAUGUACCGUAUGAAAAGAAGGUUCCCUAUCCAGUCCCAGUGAAGGCAUCGUCCUCAUCCUCGUACCAAUUUCAAUUCGACAAGGACAUGGGAUAUGCUUCAACCAAACUGCAUCCGUUCGAAUCGCAGCAGCAUGAAGUAAAGCAUUACGGCGACGAAUACUCCAACGGAGAGGAAGGCUAUAGAAGAACUACCAAAACUACUUACAAGAAGAACAAGGCAAAAAAGAACAAGAAAAAUGAGGACAACCGGCAACAGCAACAACAACAUCAACAUUCCCAGCAACAAACUGCACCAGUGACUGAAGAUCAUAAUGAUAAUCAUUCUGGACUGUCCAGCUCUUAUGCUACUAGCGGAAGCUCGGAAAACUCUCAGCUACAUCAGAACGGUGCCCACUAUUCGCACACCACCAUCUUCACUCAUCCGCCAUCGCCUGCCCACACGCAGCAACAGCAACAACAUCAUCAGCAGCACCAACAACAACACUAUCAACACCAGCAACAGUACCAACAUGAACAGCAACAACAACAACAACAACAACAACAACAACAACAGCAACAACAUGAACAGCAACAACAACAACAACAACAACAACAUGAACAGCAUCAACAACAACAACAACAACAACAACAACAACAGCAAUACAAUAGUCAGGAAAGUACCAACUACUUCAACCAACAGCUUCUUCAAUACAGCCAACAGCCCAAAUACGGACCAUCGACGUUCCCUCAGCAAAACGACUACCAAUCGCAGGCGGCUAGCCAAGAGAACCACUACAAUCAUGCCGAUCACUACGGAUCGGGCACUACUCAGCAGGAAGUGAUCGUGACCCCACCGGCGGCCACCGGUCAGCUGACCUUCGAUAUGUCACACCAAUCUAUGCCGCAAGCAUUCGCCCUCACAGCCCCUUCCAAUCCGGGUGGAACGCUGCAGCUUGAAUCCCAACCUCAGCCCUUCCAACUCGUCCAGUUUUCGCCGUUCCAGUUCCAAUCUCCCACCGGAUUCUCCCUGCCAACCGCUAGAUAAUAGAUUCGACCGCCGCGCAACGUGGUAGAAUGCUUCGUGAAAAAAAGACUGCAAAUCAACCCCCAUUCCUCUGCACGGUUACCAAUUCGGAAGGAAUCCCUCCGUCAUUAUGAACUAUUUAUAGGCAUUGACUAGCGUAUUUUGUAAAACUUAAGCUCUGUCUGUGGACAUCUAUUUUUGUAAAAUAGUAUUUUUGUUGAAUCGUUUUCUAGUGCCCCUAGUGAUUAAGUUCUUUAGCAAGGUCGGCUGAACUUCAGAACCGCAGGCUAAAUAGUGACCAACGGAUGAUGAUGACUGGCACUAGUUGGCUGACCUUGUGCUGGUUUUAAUAUUGAUAAAAUCAUACCAAAGCUCAUUAUCAAUGUAAGCGUGAUAUUAAGAUAAUUUUCUUUUCUCGGCUGCGUUAUUUUCCUGCCAAAAAAAAUCAAAAAAGGAAUCACAUAGAAAUACCCGUUUAAACAUUAGACACGCAAAACAAUCUAAGCUAGAUCUGAACAUCAUUUAUACACAUUUAUGUUUCGGCAGCAUUCGGAAAGGAGAAUAUCGCCUUGAAAAGAGAACUUACGAAUAGCAAAUCUUUGUGUACAUAUUAUACUUCCUUCUAUUGAAGAAACUGUUUGUGGUAAGGCAGAUUGAUGCUAAUCGUUGCAAAUACAUAC